CUUCCCUUUUUUUUUUGUGUUCCUUCUUCCUAAUGCUACCUUCAAUACAGAUACGCCUUUUCUCCACUUGUACUGCUCGAAAACAAUCGUAUACCAUGUUAAAACGGGCUCAAUUUGUUACUCAACACCAACCAUUGCUGCCAACUAUCCGUAUGUCUUAUAUAAGAUCUUGUUUUUAUCGAAAAUCUAUAUUCCCACCUCAAUGGCGCUCUCAAUAUCAAAAGACCUUUGCCUUUUAUAAUACGUCUAGCAACAACAACAAGCAACUUGAAUCUUCCACGGCCAAACUAAAGCAAAAAACUGAAAAUGCAAAGGUUGUCAUUAACAAGCUCAAGGAUGCCAUACCAACUCAUGAAAACAUUUACACCAUUCCCAACUUUUUGACUUUUUCCAGACUACUUUCUGCUCCUUUUAUUGGAUAUCUCAUUGUUCAACAUAAUUAUGAUAUUGCAUUAGGUGUCUUUGCUUUAGCUGGAUUCACCGAUAUGCUUGAUGGAUAUAUAGCACGACGAUAUAACUUGAAAACAGUGGUUGGAAGUAUCAUUGAUCCUGCGGCAGAUAAGACGUUGAUGACGGUCAUGACAAUUACUUUGGCAAUGGAAGGCGUAUUACCUUUACCUUUGGCUGGUGUGAUUCUAGGUAGAGAUAUAGGACUUAUCAUUGCCGCCUUUUACUAUAGAUAUAUCUCACUUCCAGCACCAAAAACGUUUACACGCUAUUGGGAUUUUUCCAUACCAUCAGCAGAAGUACGGCCUACAACCAUCAGUAAGGUGAAUACUGCUCUUCAGCUUCUUUUGAUGGGAUCCUCCUUGACAUCGAUGAGUAUGGGUAUUCCUUCGGCUGAAAUGAUGACAGCAAUGCAUUGGUUAGUGGGAACUACAACGGUGUGGUCUGGUGCAAGCUAUGUCUUCUCAAAAGAUGCCGUCCGUAUUCUCAAUCAAUCAAAACCAUAGACCUGAUUCUUUGCCCCCACUUUUUUUCAUCCCAUUUAUUGUAGCAUAGUAGAAUACUUCCAAUUGUUAGAUUCCAUAUUAUCUUGAUUUUUUUGUUUUUUAAAUACAUUCAUUCUUCCAUUUUUUUUUUUUAAUUUUAAUUUUGUUUCUUACAUUCAUGGAUGAUACAAUUUAUAUACAUGUAUACACAAUAAAAUAAUACAUAAUCAAACUUUU